AUUUUUAACACAAAUUUAUUUAUAGUUCCAUGGUUAGAUUCGUAUUCAACAUCAAGUGCUGGUUCCCUGUACACAGCUUUGACAUUCGGUUACAACAAUCUAGUGCGCCCGGCGGGAACCACACAAGUCACAGUUAGCUUCGGAAUCCUCAGUGUUAAUCAUCUGGAUGUGAAAACUCAAACAUUCUCAGCUACGGGUUGGUUUGACGUGUCCUGGACUGACACACGGUUCUCAUGGACACCCGGAAGCUAUUCUGGUAUUUCUGAAAUGUAUCUCGACUAUACGUACUGCUGGAAUCCGAAAAUUAUUGUAGAUAAUAGUGUUGACGACGCCAUCAUUCUGGCUAAUGAAGCUUUGCUGUUUGAAAUAGACAAUACUGGAGGGGUCACGUGGUCGCCAUCCGAAGAGUUCACAGUCCACUGUUCAAUGGACGUUACAUCAUAUCCAUAUGAUACACAAACAUGCUUCCUCAGUGUAAAAAGCUGGUCGUUUCCAGCAAGUGCUGUUGAGCUGGUUUCCGGUGGUAUAGACACUCAGCAAUAUGCAGAAAAUGAUGAAUGGAAGAUGACGUCAUCAGAAGUGACGAAACAAAAUGUGACAGUGGGUGGAGUAGAACAUAGCAAUCUACUGUUUAAAUUCAAAAUGACUCGACGAUCCACGACGAUACUCGUUACCAUGGUAAUGCCGCUAGUUCUCAUUUCCUUCCUGGGAGUGUUUGUGUUUAUGGUACCAGUAGAAUCUACCAGCAAGAUGGGGUACCCAAUAGGUAUACUUAUAGUUGAAGUGAUCCUACUAGGCAUGUUGCUAGAGAUAUUACCUAUAUCAGCCAGGAAUAUUCCAAUUCUAGGAACAUAUGCAAUGGUGUUAGUGUUAUUCAGUUUAUGUGAGACUUUCAUGACAAUUGUUGUAAUAAAACUUUACCACUACAAAGACAGAAAUAGGCGUGUAACUUACAUUUAUGAACGUCUUGCAAUAGUGUUGUUAGCACUGACAUGCUAUCGUCAGAGAGAAACAACUUCCGGUAGUCCGAGGAGUCCGACCAAUGAGAGUGACUCCCCCUCAAUUGAAACUCCGAAUGUAAUCGAAGCGCCACCAGACUUUAAACAUCCUCUUAAGAGAAGACUUAGUUUAAAGACAAUAAGCCCCGAUUGCAGUUUUGCUUCAACUAGUAAGAAUGAAUUUGACAGAUCACGUGGUCGAUCAAAGGCGUGGGACAGCGGUGGCGCCCUCUGUAGUAGUGAAAUAGACCGGAAGUUAUCAUGGGAACUUGUAUCCUGUGCAGUUGAUAGGUUUUGUUUACUGGUCUUCAUUCUUUUGAGACUUAUUCUUGCCGUUAUAUUUUUGACCAUGCUAUCAGUAAGGUCAAGUUAAUAUUAAAUUUGUGUGUAGAUUUUUAAAAGUAAAUGAUGACAGCUACAAUGUGACUCUUAUCACUGAACUUCCGGAAGGUUGCGUUAUAAUCAACACUCUGCAGGUGAAAUGAAAUAAGCAUGAAGAUACAUUUGUAAUUAUUUAGUGAAGCGUUAAUCAAUUCUGCGAGAGAAAAGACGUCACUUCUGGUUCAUGACAAGGUCUUUAUUUUCAAUAUCGACCGGACGUGUGUGCACUGUAAUUUCAAUAAAACAUUGACUUUUACUGGCUUCAGAGCCUAGUUCUGACAUUUCUUUGAUAUUGUAGCAUUCAUUUGUGCAUAUAUUUUAUAAUUAUAUCAUUUAUUCAUUUACGGGUAUGAAAAAAAAACAUUAAUUUUGUUAUUGUUGGAGUUAGUUGUUUUCCUUUCUUUAAAUUUGUUUAUACUUCGUGUAUACAUGUAUAUAUCAUAAUGGGAUUUAAUAUCCGGUUUGUCUCAUUUCAUUCUUUGUUAUCAGGUCAGUAUUUGAAUCAUUAUCAU